UAUCAACAAGUCAAGCAACUAACCAAAUCAUCAUGCGUUACGCUCUUCUCGUUGUUUUCCUUUGCGGCCUGCUCUUUGCGAUUGUCUCUGCUGGAGGUCAAGGAGGCGGAGGCGGCGGCGGUGGCCAAGGAGGUGGCUGGCAAAAAGGAGGCGGUGGCGGCAAUGGUGGUGGUGGCGGCGGAGGCCAAGGUGGAUGGCAAAAGAAUGGUGGAGGCGGCGGUGGCGGUAAUGGCGGUGGCAAACAUGGCGGCGGUGGAGGCGGCGGCAAUGGCGGUGGCAAACAUGGCGGCGGCGGCGGUGGUGGCGGCAAGCAUGGCGGUGGUGGCGGCGGUGGAAACGGCGGCAAACACGGUGGCGGAGGAUGGUAAACUGGCGGCAUCUACUGUCAAUGGCAUAACGGAAAAUACUCCCCCCUGUUCGAUUUCAAUCACCGUAUUGAUGUCCUUUCUGAAACCACAAAUGAAAUCUUCUCAUGUCCUUUUUUCCUUUAUCUACAUCUGUUUCUAACUGUAUUAAUAAAGCUACACUUUAUGGUAUGCAUUGAAAAAA